AUGGUUGAUCUGAAAGACAGGUCAUUGAUAUAUGCCAUCGGUGACGAGGUAUACUUUGCUAUGCUUAUGUUAAGGAUUGCAUUACAGGCCUUUUGCUGGCAGGGAUUGGCAACAGAGAUCAUGUGGAUUCUGCAAAUUUUUUUACCGUUACAUCCAGUAUUUACAAUUGGAGUUAUUUUAGAAACACAGCCAAGCGUAGUUGACGAAGUCUUCCGGUCGUUUUUGCAAAAAAAGGACAUUUCCAUCCUGCUUAUAAACCAGAAAAUUGCAAAUAUGAUUCGGCAGACCGUCGAUUCGCAUAAGGAGAUAUUUCCUGUCGUCAUUGAGCUUCCUUCUAAGGAUCAUCCCUAUGAUCCCUCUAGUGAUUCGGUGAUGAAGAGAGCAAAGAUACUUUCUUCCGCAGACGACUAA